ACUUUCUAAAUCAAGUUAGUCGCUAUUAAAAUAAUAACAAUAACUAUUAUUAGCAUUAUUAUUAUAAUCCAAAAUAGAAAAUGGGUGUAUCGGAGUGAGUCCACCUUCAUACAUUCAAGCCAAUGAAAAGCCUCCACCUCAGCUUUCUGGAAAUUGAUACGGGUGCACCUGUGAUGAGUGUACAUGGAAUCAUUUCCCUGCCUUAAAAGUUGAACAAAGAAGAAAGCAUCAGUGAGAAACUGGUUUGCUGAAAAAUGGAAGACUAAUUUAACUGCGUGUUUUUAAAAUUUUUUCCUACAAUCUGAGAACCGAAAGAAAGUAAGGAGCACCUACAUUGAAGUGUAACAGAUGGUUAUGUGCGCUACAUAUCAUUGAUACCUGAUCUUUUGAGCGACUGAGUGUAGCUAAGGAGGUUCGCUGUUUGAAAGAACACCAUUUUCUGCUGUUGUACUGGACAUGAGUACGAUUGGUAGGACAUGCUUACGCCAAGGGAAACCGAUGUACCAGCUUUAUUUAUUGUAUUUGUUGUCCUUCCCCUGGUUACCUAUUUCAUACUAGGAAAAUGGAGUGAGACUUCCAAAAGAAAGGAGGGGAUAAGUUUGAUUGCUGGUGAAGCAGCCGAGGAAGCUCUGCAAGUUGACCCUAUGGCUGUUGGUGGUAUUUUGCCCGUAGUGCAUAUGCCAAACAGUGGGAUUCAUCAAUGUGCAAGAUGCUUCAACCCAGCUGGGACCCGUUGCUCACAAUGCAAGUCUGUUUGGUAUUGUUCUGGAAGGUGUCAGAUCGUUCAUUGGAGGGAUGUUCACAAGCUUGAGUGCCAGCAAAUGGGUAAAGACUGCCAUAGAUCAUCCCUUAAGUGUGGCUCAGAGGAAGGAUCUCGUGGAAGGGAGUCAUAUGGUGAAACUACCAAACAGUCUACCUUCCAAUACAAUGUGCAGCAGCCUAGCAUUGACGGUGCUUUCUCAGAGGAUUUAGCGUUGCAUCCUCUAGCUACACUGACUCCUACAACUACUUCAGCAAUGGUGCUAAGUGCGUCUCAGAAAUCUGUCAUAAACAAACUAUCAGCAGAGUUUGGCACAUUUCUUACUGGCCAGGUAGACUCCUCAAAAACAGCAGAUGGUGCUGGAUUGAGUUCCUUCGUUGAAGCCUGUGGCAGUAGUUUCACUCUCCCUAAUUCUUCUCAGCCGUCAGAAGAUCCUUAUCUGAGAGAGGUGAACUUUCCCCUCUCAGAACGUCAUGCUAACAAUCCUCAUGCAUCCAAGGAUGGAACUGAUAGGGCAGAAAUAGAAUGUCAAAAUGCAUUAGAUGGUGGGAACAAUUUUGGGAUAGUAAACUCAUCAACUGCAGCAAGUAACUGUGCAUCAAACCUAGAUAUGAUGAGGAUGAAGGGUAUGAAAAAGUCGGCAAAAGUUGACAAUCAUCAACAUUUAGAAGAUAGUACAACCAAGAAAAGAAAGGUCAAGAUGAUUUUCCCCUAUGAAGAAUUUGUGAAGUGCUUUCAGUACGAAAAUUUCACUGUGACUCCUAGAGGACUUGUAAAUUGCGGGAAUAGCUGUUACGCAAAUGCCGUAUUGCAGUGUUUAAUAUUCACAAAGCCUCUGAUCAUUUACCUUCUUUGCCAAACACAUUCAAGAACUGGAUGUGCCAAAGAUUGGUGUCUAACGUGUGAGCUCGAGCAGCUUGUAAUGAUGCUGGGACAAAAUGGGGGUCCUCUAUCUCCCAUAAAUAUUCUUUUGUAUAUUAGAAGUCUUAAUGCUCAGAUUGGUUAUGGAAGUCAGGAAGAUGCUCAUGAAUUUUUAAGGCUUCUCGUGGCCUCAAUGCAAACAAUAUGUCUCGAGGGUUUUGGUGGAGAAAAUGUCGUUGAUCCCAGGCGGCAGGAUACAACUUUUAUACAACAUACAUUUGGUGGAACUCUCAGAUCAAAGGUCAAAUGUAUGAUAUGUCACCAUGAAUCUGAAAGGUAUGAGAAAAUGAUGGAUCUUACUCUGGAGAUAUUCGGUUGGGUGAAGUCGUUGGAGGAUGCGCUAACACAGUUUACCAGCGAAGAAGAUCUUGUUGGGGACAAUAUGUAUAGAUGUGCAAGGUGUGCUACAUAUGUUCACGCUCGGAAGCAACUACACAUAAAAGAGGCUCCCAACAUCCUAACUAUAGUGCUAAAGAGAUUUCAGGAAGGAAACUAUGGUAAGAUAAAUAAGUGCAUAACUUUUCCUGAAAUGCUGGAUAUGAUUCCAUUCAUGACUGGCACCGACGACAUACCUCCGCUCUACAUGCUCUAUGCUGUCGUCGUUCACCACGACACAUCCAAUGCGUCUUUUUCUGGUCACUACACCUCGUACGUGAAAGAUCUACAGGGCAACUGGUUCAGGGUUGACGACACAGAGGUUCAACCGGUCGAACUGAGCCAUGUCAUGUCUGAAGGAGCAUACAUUCUGUUCUACAUGAGGUCGCAUCCGCGCCCUACUAGAUGUGGGAAGUCCAGCCGUAACCAGGCUCCUCGUAAUAGGUCGUUAAAGGGCCAAAGGGCGUCAAGGCCAGAGCCGAACAACCUCGUUGCAAAUGAGACGAUUCCGGAGAGCAGUAAUGGGGUGCUGAUAAGGGAAAGCAGAAGCAGGCCGUCGAGUCUGAGAAAUUACACAGAGUUCUCGGAUGCUGCGUCGAGCGACUGGUCCGUGUUCACAAACUCGGACGACUCGUCGUUCACGACAGAGAGCACGAGGGACUCGUUCAGCACGGUGGACCACGGGGAAGCGGCGUUCUCGUCCAUCUACCAGUCGAUGUACCCGGUGGAUUCGCCGACGAGGCGGAACAUCUCGUGCAGCAUGUUCCCGGGAAGCAAGGCGCAGACGAGAUUUGCUGCCCGCGAAGAGAGGGGGUUCGUUUCAGUUUCGUGUGUAAAUUAUGGUAGUGAGGCAAGGACAGAAGGUGUGCCUCAAACUUCAGUUGAUUGUUCGAUUUAGUGAUAAAGAUUCCUAGGAUUGAUUUUUCGGAUUCUUUUUAAAUUUUGCUAAAAGCAGCUAGAACUACAGUAUGCCUCAUAUUUUUGGUUUCCAAUAUUGGCAUGAGGCAGAGUCGGAAUAUGAUUAAUUAUACAUUAUUUCUUUCUUUUUAUGGGAAAAUAUGCAUAUUUCCUCUC